GUUCAGUCGCGAGAACUGUAUUUCCCAGGGUCCACCGCGCCGGAAGUAACGAAUCCAAUUCCGGUGUCGUGCGUGGGCACCGCGGAAAUUGACAUUUAUGAUCUUUGAAGAAACCUGUUUGGUCUAGGUCUCCACACAGGGAAGAAGCCUGAAGAAGAAUGGCCAGCUCCAGUUCUCAACACACGGUCUGUGGGUCAGUGACAUUUAGGGAUGUGGCUGUUGACUUCUCUCAGGAGGAGUGGGCCUGCCUGGAUGCUACUCAGAAGGUCCUAUACAGGGACACGAUGUUGGAGACCUACAGUCACCUCGUCACAGUGGUGGGAAGUUGCAUUUCCAAGCCACAUCUGAUCACCUUACUAGAGCAGGAGAAAGAGCCCUGGAUGGCUGUGAAGGAAGAAACAGACAGGCCGAGCCCAGAUUUGGAGGCAGAUUAUGAUGCUGAAAAUAUGUCUUGUAAAAAUCAUAGUUAUAAUAGAAAUAUAUCUAAACAGAGCUUACAGCAAUCAAAUAAAACUUUUGACUUUUGGGACUCCAGGUUUAGUAAUGGGCCUAACUGUACAUUCAAGGGACUACAGAGUUCUCAAGAAGAUGAUGACGAUCAACGGAUUACUAACAAGGAAGGAACGCCUCCUUAUACCUGCCAGACUCUUGCUCACAAUAUAGAAAGAGCAUAUGAAUGUAAGGAGUGUGGGAAGUGCUUGGGUUGUAGGUCAACUCUCACUCAGCAUCAGACUAUUCAUACUGGAGAGAAACCCUAUGAAUGUAAGGAGUGUGGGAAGGCCUUCAGACUCCCCCAACAGCUUACAAGACAUCAGAAGUCUCACAGUGGUGAGAAACCUUUCAAGUGCAAUGAAUCUGGAAAGGCUUUCCAUCUUCCUGACCUGCUUAAGAACCAUAAAACCAUCCAUACACGUGAGAAAACAUUUGAAUGCGAGGAGUGUGGGAAGGCCUUCAACCGUGUCUCCAACCUUGUUGCACACAGGAUUAUUCAUGCUGAUAUAAAGCCAUAUAAAUGUAAUGAGUGUGGGAAAGCCUUUAAACGCCGCUCAUACUACAUGCAACAUCAGAAAAUUCAUUCUGGUGAGAGACCCUUUCAGUGUAAGGAAUGUGGAAAGGCCUUCAUUUUUCUGGCUCACCUCAAUGGACACCAGAUGAUUCAUACUGGAGAGAAGUCAUUUGCAUGUAAGGAGUGUGGGAAGGCCUUCAGACUCCUCCAACAACUUACAAGACAUCAGAAGUUUCACAGUGGUGACAAACCUUUCAAAUGUAAUGAAUGUGGAAAGGCUUUUCCCUUUCCCGACAGGCUUAAGCAUCACAAAACCAUUCACACAAGUACAAAGCCAUUUGAAUGCAGGGAAUGUGGGAAGUCCUUCAAAUGUGUCUCCCACCUUGCUCAACAUAGGCUUAUUCAUGCUGAUGUGAAACCAUUUGAAUGUAGCGAGUGUGGGAAAGCCUUUAAUCGGCGCUCAAACCUCAUACAACAUCAGAAAAUUCAUUCUGGUGAGAAACCCUUUCAGUGUAAGGAGUGUGGGAAGGCCUUCACUGUUCUGCCACAGCUCACAAGGCACCAGAGGAUUCAUACUGGAGAGAAGCCAUUUGAAUGUAAGGAAUGUGGCAAGAGAUUCUAUACUGGCCCACACCUUGUUCAGCACCAGCGAGUUCACACUGGUGAGAAACCCUUUGAAUGUAAUGUGUGUGGGAAGGCUUUUAGACUCCGGGCAUGCCUCUCUGAGCAUCAGAAAACCCACAUUGAAGAGAAACCUUUCAAGUGUAAGCUGUGUGGGUCAGCCUUCAGAAGUAGGUACCAGCUUAGUUUACAUCGACGCACUCAUCCUCAUGUGAGACCCUUUCAGUGUAACGACUGCGGAAAGGCCUACAUUCUUCUGGCACAACUCAUUCAGCACCAGACCAUUCAUACUGGAGAGAAGUCAUUUGAAUGUAAGGAAUGUGGCAAGAAAUUCCAUACCGGCUCACACCUCGUUCAACACCAGCAUUUUCACACUGGUGAGAAACCUUUUGAAUGUAAUGUAUGUGGGAAGGCUUUUAGGUUUCAGGUAUACCUUUCUGAUCAUCAGAAAACUCACAUUGAAGAAAAACCUUUCAAGUGUAAGGUGUGCGAGUCAGUCUUCAGGCAUAAGUACCAGCUUAGUGAUCAUCGGCUCACUCAUACCGAUGUAAGACCCUAGGAGUGCAAGAAACUUGGGAUAGUAUUGCUGGAAGGGUCAGAUUUUACUGAGCGUUACAGUAUUCAUACCGGAAAGAAACCCUUCAAGUAUAAAGAAUGUGGGAAGGUCUUUAGACUUAAAAUGCUUCCCAUUUGUCAUCAGAAAUCUGACAAUGAUGAGAGACCUUUUGAAUAUAAAGAAUAUGGAAAAGCCUUCCAUCUCUCCAGCCAGCUUAAUAUCCAUAAAAUUGUUACUACAAUUAAAAGACCCUUGUGGGUCUCCCUCCUCCUGUUGUAGGCCAAAGUGGUCCAUGAAGGCAAUGGGAUCUGGGGAGUCCACAGUCUUGCGAGUACAUGUGGUGAAUGACCAUGCUGGCACCAGCUAUUAGGAAGUAGAUCAGUUUUACUUAGGGUGAUUCAAGGCUUAUAAAUUUUGGGGGGACUGAGGGUAAUGAUACUUGUGAUGGGCAAAGGUCAUUGGCUGAGGGCUUAGGGUCCCUGAAAUUUGCCUCAUUAGCCUGGGGAACAUUCCAGGAAUCUCAGAUUUUUGCUGAACAGUUUUUAUCAGGAGAAAAGAACUUGAUCCUGUAAUCUAAUUGAGGCUACAUGACAUCAGAUAGAGGUGUGCACGGAGAUGUAGAAUUCCCCAAAGUCAGAGGAGAAUCCCUACUAAGAAAGUGUCUCACAGAGUGCCAAGCCCAGAGGCUAGCCAGUCAUGGUGGACUUCAACCUUAAUUAGCAGAGUUUUUCCACAACCCUUUAAAUGCAAGGUAUGUGGGAAGUCCUUCAAGCUUAUUCUAGCCUUUUUCAACAUUGGGCUAUUCAUGCUGGUGUGAUAUCAUAUGAAUGUAUUGAGUGUGGGAAAGCCUUUAUUCAUUGCUUAAACCUUAUUGCAAAAUUUAUUCUGGUGAGAGAUCCUUUCUGGGUGAGGAAUGUGGAAAGGACAUUGUUCAUGGAACAGCCCUUUGAAUUCAUUAGAGAAUGCAUAUUGGUGAGAAGCCCUUUCAAUGUAAGGAAUGUGGGGAAUCUUUUCACUCUCAUUACCAAUUUCUUAGACAGUUCAGAAUUCAUAUUGGCAAGAUUCCUUAUGAAUAUAAAGAAUGCAGAAAGUACAUGUGAUAAAAUAUAUCGAAGAAGUCACACUGUUGAAGAAUCUUAACUAAGAAUGUGGGAAGACCUUAAGUUGAAUAGAAAACUUGGUUUGACAUUCUGAAUUUAAUAUUAAUAUCAUGUCUUAAGAUGUAAGGAAUGUAGAAAAAACUUUAGUAAUCCUAAGCUAGCUGUUUAUCAGAGAAUCCUACUGGUGAGAAAUUCUAUGACUAUAAACAAGGGGCAAAAUGUUUAGAGUUAGUUCAUCUUUUAUGCACAGUGAUGAGUUCAUACUGGUAGGACACCCUAUCACUGGAAAGAAUGUGGAAAGGCUUUCAAUUGCAGUUCAGGUCUUCUUCAUCAUAAAAGAAUCCAUGCUGGUGUCAAACACUAUGAAUGCAAGGAAUGUGGGGACAUUUACAGAAUAAGCUGUUAAAGCUCAUUGGAGAGUCCAUAUAGGUCUGAAACCCAGUGAUUGGGAAGACUCAGGAAAAGCCUUUCUUAUAAAUGAUGAGCUUAUACAACAUCAGGAAAUCCAAAUCAUCAGGAGUCCUAUGCAUCUAAAAAAAUCAUUGCAUGGAAAUUCUGUUACUUAAAAAAUUGUGGAAACCAAGCUGUCCUAGGAUCUGGUGAACAUCACAGUAUUCAUAUACUCUUGGUGCCAAGAAACCCUUUAGAAUGAGAGUGUGGGAAGUUGGUUGUUCAGAGAUGCUCUGUUGAUAAUGCCUUUUAAUAUCAGAAAUACAGGGUAGUGAUCAUGUUCUUGAUUUACUCUCCUCUUAUUAGUUGUAUAAACUGAAUUCAUCAAUAGUUACCCAGGAUAGUCAACUUAAGGAGAGCAGUUACUGGAACCAGGUUUACCUGAGAUGUCUUCAUUGUCACCAUUAACAUCACAUGGCUGUUGUGAUAUUAGACCGAAUGUUUACCUUUUUUUUGCAUAAUUUGUUAAUUGGGCAGCACAGGACCAGGCAAAGUUGUGGCAGGAGGAUUAUAAUAGAUAACAAAACCCUUGAGGGUAUUUGUUCAAUGCUGAUGUUCUAUAAAAUAGAUUUAAAAGUAUAACUGACAUGAAAGGCAAAAUUGUACUUUAGAUAGUUUAGGAAAGCCUCAUGCAUUCACCCACUAUUAAAUUUUAAGGGGCUGGAGAGAUGGGUCAGUGGUUAAGAGCACUGACUGCUCUUCCAGAGGUCCUGAGUUCAAAUCCCAGCAACCUCAUGGUGGCUCACAACCAUCUGUAAUGAGAUCCUCCGAUGCCUUCUUCUGGUGUGUCUGAAGACAGCUACAGUGUGCUCAUAUACACAAAAUAAAUGAAAUGAAUUUUAAAUUUUAAAUAACUUCAUUCUGGAUAGAUCUAAUGGAUGAAAAAGAACAUGAAAGGAUUUGAAUUGUGAAUCCAUUCCUUACAUAUUUAUGUGGAGAUUUUAAAAACUCAGUUAUUGAUGAGUAAGUACUUUCUAACUGUGAAAUUUAUUAAAAUUUCAAAAGGUAAAAUCCUAUUAUUGGGUUGGGGAUUUAGCUCAGUGGUAGAGCGCUUGCCUACAAGUGCAAGGCCCUGGGUUCGGUCCUCAGCUCAAAAAAAAAAAAUCCUACUAUUUAUGUUUUCUGCCUACAAAUGAACAUGAACUAUACAUUUGUAAUAGGAGAAGAAAGUCCAUAGGAUCCUCCAUCUUUUAUUCUUGCUGAGGCCACUUCAGGUUUGACUAGAAUUUGAUUUUCUUGAUGUAGAAUUUGUGGAAAAUUGCACAACUCUAUUCUAGGAACCAGAGAUCAAAUUGGAUUUAUUAUUUUGGCUUCAGUUAAAUGGCUUGUGUAUUUAAACCUCCCCCUCUGGCUAUCUGCUUAUCUUGGCUUCUGUUAAACUGCCUAUUAAGGUAAAAGCUCCCCUUGCAGCUGCUGAGCACAAUAACAGAAUGUGGGUUUUAUUGUAAGCGCUUUGGGGUAUACUUGAAUCCCAGAAACUUCGAUGUAUUCAGAGCUGGCUGGAAUAAAGACCUGUAGUUGGUUAUA